UUCUGUUCUGCCGCCACCCGCCGCCGUCACUGGCCCACCCUUUCUGGACAGCUAUGCUGGAUUGAUCGCAAUCGCCAACUACGCCUCCAACAGUGUUUUACAACAAUUGCUCUUGUUUACCGAUUCGGAAUAAAAUAAAAAUCAUGGCUUCCGAAAAGAUUUCCCUCUACAACUUGGCCGAUCUCAAGAACACAUCGGACGACGUCAUCCCCAACUACCUCAACUCUCUCAAGUUCAAACAGACUUUCCAUUUGCAAGAUGUGCGCCUCGCAUUAGGAUACAGCGCCUUCAUUGUCGCUGCUCUCUGCUUUGCCUGGGACUACAAGCUUGGCUGGGACAGCACCAAGUGGUUCACAGCCGGCGCGGUGGUUAUCUACGGCAUCCUCAACGGUGGACUCACCCUGUGGAUGCAGUAUGUCGAAAAGGACGUAAUAUACGAAGGCAUUGCCCCCUCUGGCGAAUCGGUCACGAUUGCGACAAGCACCAAGAAGAACGUCCCCGUCUACAACAUCACCAUUACCGUCAAGCCCAAGAACGGCAAGGCCCAAACGAUUACCCUCGCAGAGCCCUUCUCCGGCUGGUUCGACGAGCUCGGCCACUUCGUUGCUAUCCCAUUCCAGCAAAUGUUCGCCACGGCUGUUCCCGCCAUUGGCAAGCUUGACCCCAAGCGCGUCAAGGUCUCCAAGGAAUCUAUGGGUGCGGAUGCUGGUAUGUUGGAUGCUGUUCUCGCUGCCAGCUCGAAUGAUGCCGGUGAUGCGGAGGGCAGCAGAAGACGCAAGGCUUAAGCCAGAAGAAACAAAAAUGGACACAUAAAAGGAUACUCGGUCAGCGUAAUUGAUGAAUUUUGAAACUAUACGGCAUCAUAGAUUGCUUGUGACAUGUGCUUAUUUUGAAACUAUAUAAAAUGUGACUCCAGUCCGGAUCUAACAUUAUCAUUUAGAAAAUGCCCUUCAGUUAACCUCAGACCACGCGGUGCGCGCGGUUCUAGCAGACAUGCGAACCUCACGGACGCGGUGACCGCAAGCAAUUGACAGCUGGCGAUCAACAUCGCCGACAUAUGAGAGAAGAUGGCGGGAUUCAAAGAGACGGGGCAGACCGGCGAGAAUCUCCAGGGCGAGCUUGCCAGACUGCGCUACAACGGCAGGGCUGGCGCGAGCAGACUGAGCGGUGGCAGGAAGCCACUCUGGGGAUGUAUGGGUGGCAGUGGUGCUGAAAGAAGAGGUGCAAAUGGUGAUUAAGCUGCGGAUAUGAUCUUGCACUUUGUCGGGAGAUUCGGCCAAGAUGCUCUUGAUGACAGUAAGGGCGGCGAGGGUGUCUGGCCCAGUGCCGAGAGUCUGGGACGUGGAAAUGGCCACGCGAAGAAUCUGAUCGAUAUCUUCCUCAUAGAUGGAAAAGGGAAUAUGCUUCAUAGUUACAAGCACAGCGAUGCCGCAGCUAGCUCGAGAGAGAGGUGUUGCUUCUCGGUCUGUGGCGCCGACAAGGAGCGGCUUGACGAGAUCAAAGUACAGCUUCUGCAGCCACAGUGGUCUUACAGUAGCAUAAUUGUCCUUCGAUAGGAAUCUCUGUGGCGCAACAAUGAUCUCCAACCUUCGAGCGAGGCUGAAGCCAAGCUCAGCAUUCUUAGGGACCUCGCGAAUGGCUGCGACAAGCGGUUUCGUCUUAGCACCAGUGUAACGACGCAGGAAACCUGCGGCAACGGCAAGGGACGAAACGAUUCUUUCUGAAGCAUGGGUAGUAGUUUGUGUGAGUCCCGUGGUGACUAUUGAUUCAAUAGAGGUGAGUAGGUCAUCCUCGCCGUCUAACUUAUGCUUGUUGGCAAGAAUGCUUAGGACGGAUUUGGAGAUGCUAGAGGUGGUGGCAUUUGCAAAAGACGAGGAUGGGGAGACGCCAGCCUGGAUAAGCUUCUGGCCAACGCCCAUUUGGAACUGCUCUCUGUUAGUCGAGAAUUUGAAACAUGGAAGUCGUUUACUUACAAUUUUGGUAAUCACUUCUGGACGAGUUGAUUCAAUCAUGCCGUAGAACAGAGCAUUGACAGGUGUGUUGACCAGCCACUCCCAGGUCUCAUCCACAGCCAUGGCAUCACCAACUGGAAGCUUAACAGUGGUCUGGAACAGAUCAAGCGAUCGCUCAUGAAUCUUCAAGUCGACUUGCUGCACCUCGCUUAGCUCGUGGAUAAACGAGCUAGCCAAGUCACCGAGCAUGUGGAGGUACUGCUGUUCAGAGGCGGUAUCUUUACCGUUGAACUCGGCACUGAGAGUUAAUGUCUGUGUUCCGGUUGUUACACUGCUAAAGAAAUGCUUCAGCAAAGCGUAGCCGACCUCGAUAUAGGUCUGGUGAGCACCAGCGGAAGUAAUUGGGAGCGUAGACUUCAAAUCCCCAUAUUCAACAGAGCCUGAAGCGCCAAGUCCAAGUAAUGAGCCGUAGCUACUAGUAAUCUUGCUAGAAAUAGCGUCCGCAUCAAAGGUGUUUGAUUCUUGUCCAUUGAAAGCAGCCUCGCGGUCGACAUCCGUCUUGGUAAGAGCGUCACCGUAGUACUUAAUAGUGUUCUCCAGGCCAGCCAUCAAUGCGCACCAGAUCUUGGGGCUCGUGCCAGCGGCUACGCUUUGAGAGAGCUCUCGUGUAAACAGACCUGACAGACUUAAGAAUUGGAAAACGCCGUAUCCAACGUUCUUUGGCAGUUCAGAGCAGCCAACGUAGGCCAAUAGCGGACCAAGACCUUCAAUGAGAUCAACAGUUGUUUCUGUGCUGCUUCCUUGUGUAGACUUCAGUAGUGAUUGGAACUUGCUGACAGUUGUGGCAAAGGCUGCUGGGUGAGCAACAACUGCCUUUUGCAGAGCCUCGGUAGUCUCGUUGAUGAGCUCAUCCACACCAGCCUCGCUGGAGUGAGUAGUGUAGUGAUGGAGAGGGAUUUGAAAUAAUGCCUCACAAAUCUCAGAGCACGUUUUCUCAGGGAGCAGCGAUAGAGGAUCGUUGGUCUCCUCGCCGGGAGCAAUGGCAGCUCUUUGACAGACCAAGGCACCAGCACCAUGCACUGCUGCAGUUGCGACUUUGAUAUCUUCCUCAGAUGGUCCAUCUUUGCUGCCUCUUGCAAGAGCUGAGCUGAAGAUAUCAUGGUAGAGAGACUUGAAGACUGAGUCGACGGCAGCAAAGUCCUUCUGUGUGGCAGUAUCGGUAUGCAGUUCCAUUAGCAAAAUUCUCGUCUGCAGGACGACUCGAAUAAUCUUGUAUAAAUCUUGUGAGUGGGUUAUAGACUUGGGAUGGCGCAGGCUCUCUUUGAUAUGGGUAACUGUUGGCGCAGCCAUUUGGACAAAUGCCACCGGGCUAGCGCUCAACACACUGACGAGCAAACGGCCCGCAGCACCAGCAUACAUGGCGCUAGAUAAAUCGCCAACACAGUCUCUAGUAACGUUAAGAAUAUAGUCGCGCAGAUCAUUCUCCUUGAGACGGGUUGUCAGUGUCUUGAGAACCUCAAGGGUAGCCCAAAUGACAUCCUCAAUCUCUCCAUUGCGCACUUCGUACUUGAGACUGCCCCAUAUCCUGUCUGCAUAGGGGAUAACUGUUUCGUCGGGUUUGUCGUAUUCCUCUAUACAAGCCUUGAUCGUUCGCAAGACGUCAAUCUUCACAUUGACGGUAACUCCAUCGCCCUGAUCCAGUUUGCCGACCAAGAAAGGAAACGUAUGCUUAGCCAAACUAGAGUUGCAAGAGAAACAGGCGCGGAGUUGUGACUUGAGAUCGUCGGGAGUGACUUUGCUCUGAGCCGUUCUGGGUAGAGUAAUGGGAUAAUAUGCUUUAAAUGUUCCGUAGACUUCGUCCAACGUCUCUUGGCUCGGUGCGUAUUUCGUCAUGAUGGUCGUGAGAAUGGCAAACCAAACCAUAAGACAGUCCGGGUCUCUUUCGCUUCGGCAAAGUUGCAAUAAAUCAAGCAAGAACUGGUAAUUGGGUCCUUGCUUGCCCUUAAUGUCUUUCUCAACCGGCUCAGACGUUAGCAGCGAUUGAAUGAGCUUGUAUACGGCGAGUCGUGUCGUGGAAAGUUGUCGUGGAAAAUCGUCUUUUAAGCAGCACAGCUUUUCGAAGAUAUCGAUCGCACUCGACGGUUGGAAUGCCUUCAUCUCUGUGAUUUUUCGCAGAGCGCUUGCCGAGGCAAGGAUGCCUGCUUUGUGGUCGACGUCAAACAUGGCGCCGAAGAAUGCGACGAGCAAUUUGGC